AUGGACCCAUAUCUUCAGUUUCGCUCAGGCAAUGUUGGUGAGUUUAGUGAGUCAACUUCAUCUGAGAUACAGCCAAAUUCUAGUCAACCCAAUGAUGAUGCAGAUGGUGCUAGUGGACAAAAGAAAACUAGAGGUCCCACACAAAUGCGUAAUAUUUGGGGUACUCGUGAUGAUGAGCGCCUAACAGUCAAUUGGAACAAACUCGACCAACCUGAUGGCAAAUUGGCAACAAAGUUAUCAUCGUUCAUUGGAACUAUUGUGCGUGAUGGGAAAAAUGCACCACUCACUUACAAGAAUUGGCAUAAAGUCCCAGAACAUUACAAAGAUCACAUAUGGGCACUUGUACAGUGGGAACACCUUAUUAAGUAUUGGGCUAUCGAAGAAGUAAAGGCACAAAGUGAUAAAAACAAAGCAAGUCGUGCAGAGCGAAAGUAUAAUCAUACUACUGGAACAAAAAGUUUUCCACGUGUUCGAAAGGAGCAGGAUGAAAUGAAUGAGAGGACAACCUUAAAUGCAAAUUUAUCAAAUAAGGGCCCAAAUGAUGCAUUUGGACAAGUGAUGGGUAAAGAAAAACAUGGACGAGUUCGCAUGUAUGGAUUAGGUGUCUCCCCGUCUAAUUUAUGGAGAGAUACAUCUAGUCAUAAAGCAAACCACGACACAACAAUGGAUGUUAUGGACGCUGAAAAUUCGGAGCCAAGGUCCAAAGUUCCCAAUGUUCAACAUGCUCCAAAUAACUUGACAAACACAUCUAAUCAGGCCACAACAACUUCUACUCCUCUCGACAUGGCAGCUCGACAUCAAGCAUGGUCUUUGUCAUCGAUACAAGAUACUUCUCUUACUCAGCUUGGCCUUCCAUCAGUAGCUUCAGCAGCAGCUACUGCUAGAUCAUCAUCAGACUUCACCUUCACUGGCAAUCGUAGCAACUCAUCUUUUCUAUACAUUUACAUGGACAUAUCUGUCCUACAUGUCCAUUCUAAAAAGGUUCUCAUUGUUCUUGAUGAUGUGGAUCAUUUAAGCCAAUUAAAUACCUUGGCAGGAAAUCGUGAUUGGUUUGGUCCAGGAAGUAGAAUCAUCAUAACAACUAGAGAUGAGCAGUUGUUGAAGGGACUGAAAGUUGAUGAAAGAUGCAUGGCUAAGGAAUUCAAUCAUGAAGAGUCUCUGCAGCUUUUCAGUUUGCAUGCCUUUGGCGAAGCCAAUCCAUUAGAAAAUUAUGCAGAUCUUGCAAAUGGUAUAGUAAGUUAUGCUGGAGGGCUUCCACUAGCUCUUGAAGUUUUGGGUUCUUAUUUGUUUGAAAGACCAUUGGUAGAAUGGAAUAGUGCAUUUGAUAAAUUAAAACAAAUUCCUUAUGAGGAAAUUCAGAAAAAACUUAAGAUAAGUUUUGAUGCACUAUAUGAUGAAAAAUUGAAGGAUAUCUUCCUUGAUAUUGCAAGCUUUUUCAUUGGAAUGGACAAAGAUUGUGCCAUAACUAUAUUGAAUACUUGUGAUCUCUGUGCUGAAGUUGGAAUUAGUGUGUUGAUUGAUAGAUGUUUAUUGAAAAUUAAUGAACGAAAUAUGCUGACAAUGCAUGAUCUACUUCGGGAUAUGGGAAGGGAAAUCAUUCGUCAAGAAUCUCCCAAGGAGCUUGGAAAGCGCAGUAGAUUGUGGUUUCAUAAAGAUAUAUGCGACGUACUUGAAAAUAACAAGGGAACAGAAGCAGUCGAAGGUGUGAUCCUGACAGGACUACCCAUGGUGAAGAAGAUACAAUGGAGUGAUAAAGCAUUCGCUAGGAUGCAUAAUUUAAGACUGCUUCAAAUCAAUCAUGUGCACCUCAGUGGUAAUUUUGAACAUCUAUUGAAAGAGUUAAGAUGGCUCUGUUGGCAUAACUGUCCAUUGGAGUAUUUACCACACAAUUUUCAUCCAGAGAAACUCGUUAUUUUAGACAUGCAGUUCAGCAAAAUUAGAACACUCUGGAAAGAUGGCAAGCACUUCAAGAGCUUGAAAAUUCUAAAUCUCCGUAACUCCAAAUGCCUAACAGAGAGCCCUAUCUUCUGCGCACUAUCGAUGCUUGAGGAAUUACUGCUUGAAGGUUGUACAGGUUUAAUGGAGCUCUAUGAAUCAAUUGGGCUUCUAGAUAAACUUGUUCACUUGAAUUUGAAAGAUUGCAUGAACCUCAGGUAUCUUCCAGACAGUAUCUGCAAGUUAAAGUCUGUUGAGCGUCUAAAUCUCGCUGGUAGCGCAAAACUAAAGCUUCCAGAGCAAUUGGGAGAUAUGGAAAGCUUAACAGAGCUUCUUGCAGAUGGAAUAGCCAUUAAACAACUACCUUUCUCUAUUGGGCAACUUAAGAACCUCAGGAGCUUAUCGUUGAGGGGAUGUCAUAGGCUGUUCACACCUGUGUCUUGCCUUUCUUUCAUUUUAUCUUGGGUUUUUCGGAGAAAAAAUAUCUACUCCAUAAGAUUUUUACCAUCCUCUAUUUCAGGUUGGUGUUCCUUGACAAAGCUAGAUCUCCGUGAUUGUAAUUUGUCUGAAGAAGAUUUUCCAGUUAAUUUUGGGAAUUUAUCCUCAUUGCAAGCAUUGGAUUUAGAUGGAAACAAUUUUUGUAUCCUACCAGAUGGCCUCAGUCAUCUAUCCAAGCUAGAAAUGCUUAACUUGAAUAACUGCAAAAGGCUUAAGGUUAUCUCAGGUCUUCCUCCUAAUUUAUUGAAAGUAUAUGCUGAAUUUUGUGCAUCGCUUGAAAAAAUAUACGGCCUAUCAAAAUUGAAGACUCUAGUAAUGCAUUUCGGUAAGGACCCAGUCGAGCAUACUAUCUCAAAUGUUAAUGAUGAUGGAAUGGAAGAACCUCGCUAUUUUGAAGGUGCACGAAUCUGUCCCUUGCACAGUCCCGACAAUUUACAACAAUUUGAAAAGAUUGAGGGUCUUCCUGACAGCCCUACCCUCUACCGUCGUGCCCUCUUCGUCUCCGUCUCGGGUCACUAUUUCGGUACCCGUACCUUUAGCCAUCCUAACGAUUUUUACGGCUGUGAUUCUUACAGCUAUAAAUAUAAAUCAACAGGGUCUUCCGUAGAAGUGUCAGUAGAGCCAAUGAAAUCCGGCCGCAUUGUAGAUUUCGAAGUGGGAGUUGUCUAUUGUAGAGUUGGGGAUGAAGAAAACUGCUUCACAGAAUUAGAUGAUUAUCCGUAUCCAUAUAUCAUUGUUACUGAUAAAAUUAAUCGCAUUGAUUUUACUUUUAGGCUGAUCUUCUUUGCCUUCCCUGCAAGAAAAAUGUCUAGUUCAAAUUCUACCAAUAACACACCAUCUGCGUUUGAUGCUGAAGAUGAUAAGCCACUGUGGAAAUAUGUGACUAGAUUAGAAAAAUCUGGUGCAAGAGGGGGGAACUAUACUUUUCAAUGUAUCUUUUGUCGGGCUACACAUAAAGGUUCAUACAUUGGGGUAAAAUCCCAUUUGAUGCAAAUUAAAAAUCAAGGAAUAGAAGUGUGUCCAAAAGUAACAAGUACGGAUACAGUUGAAUUUGAGAGAGAGAUUGCAGAAGCAGAGUUGAAAUUGAAAAACCCUAGGUUGAAGAAUGUCCCAUUGCCUCCUCCUAGUUCAAGUGCAUCAUUAGGUUUAUGUUUCAAUGAACUAGAGGAAAUCUAUGGAUCAAAAAGGAAGAGGUCAACUGCUAUGGGGAGUGAAAGUAGUAACCUUAUUAGGAAAGCAUUUAACAUUGGGGCUCGAGAACGAUUAAAUGGUGAGAUAGCUAGAAUAUUUUAUUCAGCAGGUUUGCCAUUUCAUUUGGCAAGAAAUCCUUACUAUGUUAGUGCAUUUACUUUUGCUGCAAGUAACAACAUACAAGAAUAUGUACCGCUGGGACAACGUUCACCUCCAUUUCGUAAUGGCAAGCCAUUGGAAAGAAGGGAUAGUAGCUUUUCGGUACAUAAGGUGUCAGAGAAGGGGAAGAAAUCGGAGGUGUUGGAUGUAACGGUUGCGAAGGAGAUUGCACCGGAGGAUUUGGAGUCGGAGAAGAAGAAGGAGCUGAUGAAGGAGCAGUGUGCUGCGUACUGGACCACGUUGGCGCCGAAUGUGAAGGAUUAUAGUGGGACUGCGGCAAAGCUGAUGAUUGAAAUGGGGUUCUUCCUGACGGUCGUACCCUCUACCAUCGUGCCCUCUUCGUCUUGGGUAACUAUUUCGGUACCCGUAGCUUCAGCCAUCCUAGCGAUUGUUACGGCUGUGAUUCUUACAGCUAUAAAUCAACGGCGAGUUGAGAACCCAUCAUGUGAUUUAUAUCCUUUGAUUCGCCCCCAAUCCAAGAUUGAUCCAGAUGAGGUUUUUGCUGUAAAAACCGUCCUUCAGAAGCCAAUAAGUUUAAUUCAAGGUCCACCUGGCAUAGGGAAAACUAUGACUUCUGCAGCAAUUGUAUAUCAUAUGGCCAAACAAGGCCAGCGCCAGGUUUUGGUUUGUGCUCCAAGUAAUGUGGCUGUUGACUAG